AUGCGCCACUCCAUCUCACACACCUCGCAGACGAUUAACCCACUGUCGUUGCCGAACAAUGCGGCCUCGUGGUGGUUCCGAGACCCCGGGAUGCGCGCUCUAGCUUGGCCCAUCAUUGUCGGCUUCGCCUCAACAAUCUCAUCCGGUUACGACGGAAGCUGCAUGACUGGCCUACAGGCCAACAAGCGUUACUUUAUGCCGGCGAUUGACAGCCCCGAUGCUAACAAGCUAGGCCUCAUUGUGGCAGCGUACACGUUCGGCGCUCUUCCCGCCCUCCUCCCAGCGUCCUACAUGGCCGAUCGGUGGGGCCGUCGUAUUUCUCUGGGUCUUGGUUGCAUUGUUAUCAUCGCCGGCGCUCUUGUCCAAGCACUCACCACGGGCGGGUGGCACAUGUUCGCUGGCCGAUUUAUCGUCGGCUUUGGAGGCAUGUUCGCCUCCAUUUCGGGAACGCCUUACGCCUCCGAGCUCGCCCACCCCCGCAACCGUGCCCAAGUCAGCGCACUGACCAACACAUGCUGGUACGUCGGUAGCAUCAUUGCAGCGUGGACGGCCUUUGGCACUUCGUUUUGGGAUAACGCUUGGUCGUGGCGCCUCGUAUGUCUCAUGCAAGUCGCCCCUCCUGCGUUUCAACUUUUCUCACUUCCGUUCCUUCCAGAGUCACCUCGCUGGCUCGUGUCAAAGGGGAGGUACGAGGAGGCGCACCGCGUGUUGGCAAAAUAUCACGCCAAUGGCGACUUGGACGACCCGCUCGUCGUCUUUGAAUUGCAGGAAAUCAAGGAGGCGAUCGAGUCCGAAAAGGCCGCUACUGAGGGAGUUGGAUACUCGGCCUUCCUCAAGACGCCCGGUAACCGCCACCGCCUAGCGAUUCUUAUCAUGGUCGGCCUGUUCUCGCAGUGGGUCGGCAACGGCAUCAUCAGCUACUACCUCGUAUCUAUUCUCGAGAGUGUUGGAAUCACCUCGGAGGGCCAGCAACAGGGAUACAACGGUGGUCUACAGAUCUACAAUUGGAUCCUUGCGAUUGCCGGUUCGUUGAGCUGCGAACGUUUCGGCCGUCGCAAGCUGUGGUUGACCUCGGCCAUCGGAAUGUUCUUCUCCUUUGUCGUCAUCAUGGCUUGUUCGGCAGCCUAUGCCGAGGCAGGAAAACACGCGGCCGGCCCCGCAGUCUUGGCCUUCCUUUUCAUCUACUUUGGUUUCUACGACAUUGCCUUUACGGGUUUAACCAUUGGCUACCCUCUUGAAAUUCUUCCUUACUCGCUCCGGACCCGCGGUCUCGCCAUCCUCCAACUUUGUAUCACCCUCGCACUCUGCUUCAACCAGUACGUCAACCCGAUCGCACUCGCCGCCCUCCACUGGAAGUACUACGCCGUCUACAUUGUCAUCCAGGCCAUUGCCAUCGUGUGCAUCUACUUCUGGUACCCCGAGACCAGGGGCCUCUUCCUCGAGGAGAUUGCUGUUGUCUUUGAUGGCGAAAGGGCCGUCCUGCCGUCCCAGCGCGACGGCAUUAUCUCCGACGACGACAAGGGCGGAAUUGACGUGUCGCACCACGAGGUGCUUCAGCACAAGUACGACGACGCCAACCGUGUUUAA